AACACGAUGAUUUUAUUGGAUGGCAAGAAGGACGAGGUUAACCAAGGAAAACUAAGCGAAAAAGGAAGCAACACUGCGUCACUCGGACGAGGAUGUCAUCCCCUGAGAUAUCAUCACUGUCAUGGGGACACAUGAAGGUCAAAGGCUGUGCUACUGCAUAUAAGGAUUGUAAAGUCUGGCCUGGAGGGAGUCGUGCCUGGGAUUGGAGAGAAACCGGUACUGAUCACCAUCCGGGAGUGCAGCCUGCGGACUUGGACGAGGUCUUGAGAAAAGGAGUAGAGAUUCUCAUUAUUGGACGUGGAAUGAGCGAAGCUUUACAGGUGCCUGUAAAUACAUUAGACUAUGUAAAGAAGCAAGGAGUGAAUGUUAAAGUGUUUCAGACUGAGAAGGCGGUCAAGGAAUACAAUGAUUUGGCCUGCCAGGGUCACAAAGUCGGAGGGGUCUUUCAUUCAACAUGCUGAGGAGUUGAAAAGAAAAAAAAUGCUGCUUGCAAACAUCUCCUGCAUGUGCAAAAACCAAAUUCAUUUCAAGGCAAGCAAAAUGCACAUUAGAUUUUUUUAGUUUUAACAUAUUUGCUGUGUCUGGAAAAAUGUAAUUUCUCCGAGUGACCUGUGUAUUUAACUUUUCUGCAGAACAGCCACCUACACUGGCAGAGUAAAGUCAGGAUCCGAGGGACAUCUCUGAAAUUAACUUUACACAGUAAACAUGCAAUGUACAGUUACAUUAGUUAACAUUCUAGACUUGAACCCUUUAACUUUAAACAUUGCUGGGCUCACCAGAACACAAGGGGCAAAAGGAUAUAAAAAAAAAAAAGAACAAAAUGAAGUGUGAAGUGGAAAACAUUCAUUUAAUUCUGUCACUGCUAAUGUAAGAAUAAAAUGUGUGUGUAUGUGGAGAAUAUAAUGGCCACAAUAUAAACAAGGAUAUUGAGAGAACAACGUAUUGUUUAUCAUACAGGAGGAAAGACGUCCAUGUUGACUUUUUUGUUUGGUAAUUCUUUUAAUGAGAUCACCACACACAUGCUUACCAUCUGUACAGGAGGAGUCUGUGACGUUUCAGCAAUAAAACUCACUGCCCAGGCU